CAUGCUGAAUACCAACAGAGACACAGAUAAAGUGUGGCUUGUGAAUGCAGGUUUCAAGAACAAUUCUCUGAUCGUCAGCUUGAGAACAUCUUUACACCCAUGUGGAAUAAGGCAGCAGAGUGAACGGAUGGCACCGAAGACCUGAAACAAAUUUUGCAUGAAAAACAUCUUUGUAAAUAUCCCAUUCAUCUCUGGUUUGGGAUUGACUGUUGUGGAAAAAAAACAUUGCUGAGUGACAUCAUUCAAAAUGAACAGUGUUGUGGUGUUCCUAUUAACGGCAAGCUGCUUCACCUGUUCUUCAACGAUACAUACAGCACCUGCAGCAUCCAGUCAACUGAAAUAUCUCAUCGAGCCACCUGUGUACGCAGAGGUCGUUGGCCGCAGAGGGGAAAACAUCACCCUGCCCUGCAUCUUGAAAACUAAACCCAGGAAUUACAAAGUCAAAUGGAUCAAGCUGGAAGAAGACCUCACAGCACCAGUGAACACUGUCAUGAUAUCCAAUGCACAUGCCUUCAAACGUUACGGCCACCUAGGACAGCGGGCUUCACUUCGGAAUGCUCACACCAUGGAUGCAUCGCUGCAACUCAGCCAUUUGGAACUGGAAGAUGGUGGCACAUAUAGAUGUGAGCUAAUCAGUGGUAUAGAGGAUGAAAAUGUUCUCAUCAAGUUGAGGAUUGAAGGAGUUGUGUUCCCAUAUGAGAGUCAAAAAGGCCACUACAAAUUUACUUUCCAUGUGGCUAAGGAGGCUUGUGCGGAACAAGAUGCCACAUUAGCCACAUACAAUCAACUAUACAGAGCUUGGACGGAAGGUUUGGACUGGUGUAAUGCGGGUUGGCUCCAUGAUGGGACUGUUCGUUACCCAAUCCUUCAUCCUCGACCUGCCUGUGGAGCAGAGCUGUUGUCUGGCAUCCGCAAUUAUGGUCCAAAAGAUAAAAACCUGGACCGGUUUGACGCGUUCUGCUUCACCUCACUGACAUCAGGUUCUGUGUUCUACGUAACAGGGGCUUUCUCCUUUGGACAAGCAGGGCAUGCAUGUCAACAACAGGGAGCCGAGCUGUCAUUGGUUGGACAGCUUUACGCCGCAUGGCGUUUCCAGAACUAUGACCAGUGUGAUGGUGGAUGGCUGAAAGAUGGAAGUGUACGCUAUCCCAUCAGCACACCUAGGAGGCGUUGCGGAGGUGUUGCUGAAGCAGGGGUGCGAUCCUUUGGGUUUCCAGACAAAACUACACAUCUCUAUGGUGCAUACUGCUACCGACAGGCUGAAUAGAUAUUUAAUUUUAGCUGUGGGUCCACUUUUAGACAGUGCUUUUAAAUUUCUCUUGGUUUGUGGAAAAUAUA